GGCGCCUCGCCCCGUCCUUCCGAACGUCAUAAAGCCACGCCGUUACGUCCUACUGACAAAAGCACCCGGAUUCAGUGUCCCCAUCCGGGUGUGAUCGGCUGUUGGGACUCUGGGCGCGGAACGGAGAUGAUAGUUUGAGUGGGCAGCGAGCUGGCGAGAGCAGGAGUGAAGGAGGAAGAGGAAAGUGCAGUGGGAGAUGGAAAGAAGAUUCUCAGUUCAUUGUUGUGAGAAGAACAAGAGACACCAUGGAGAGAUGACCGUGUGAGGACAUAGCAGAAAGGCAGCCACCUGCAAGCCAAGGAGAAACUCAGACUGUUCCCACCUUGAUCUUGGACUUGGAGCCUUCAGAUCUCUGAGUAACAAUUUCCUCUUGCUCAGUUUGUGGUAUUUUGAUACUAUACCUUGAGACCACGUGGCUGUAAGGAAAUGACCAUGCCAGGAUGGGAGGCCACGUGAAGUUCUUCCUUAGCCCAAACUCUUUCCUCUCUGAUUGGGUCUCUUCGGAAGGAAGCACAUUCAUUCUGUUGGUGGAUGAUGAGGUAGAGCAGAGUUGUUCCCUUACUACUGCCAGAAACCUGUUCUCAAGAGGUUUGGGAAUAAGUGGAAAAGCAGCUGUAUAAUGAAUCCCAGUAUGAAGCAGAAACAAGAAGUAAUCCAAGAAAAUGUAAAGAAUAGUCCUGUGCCAAGAAGGACUCUGAAGAUGAUUCAGCCUUCUGCAGGUGGAACUCUUGUUGGAAGAGAAAAUGAGUUGCCUAAAGGGUUAUCCAAAAGGAGACAUUCAAAUGACCCGUCAACACCCAAGACUUCCAGUUCUGGAGCUGUUAUUGACCCAGAAUCUAGUGAAAAUAAAAAUCUCAGAGGAGUCACCCAAGAAGCAUUUGAUCUGAUGAUUAAAGAAGAUCCAUCUUCUCAAUAUUGGAAAGAAGUGGCAGAAAAACGGAGGAAAGCUCUCUAUGAAGCCCUUAAGGAAAACGAGAAACUUCAUAAAGAAAUUGAACAAAAAGACAGUGAAAUUGCCCGUCUGAAAAAGGAGAAUAAAGAAUUGGCAGAAGUAGCAGAACAUGUACAGUAUAUGGCAGAGGUAAUAGAGAGACUGUCUAGUGAGCCUCUGGAUAACCCUGAAUCAUCGGAUAGCCAGGAAUUUGAUUCCGAAGAGGAAAUUGCUGAGGAUUCUGAAGUGGAAGACUCAGAAACUGGCACAUGUGAAGAAACCGUAUCUUCUACAGAUGCAAAGCCAAGUACAUGAAGUUCAUUAAUAUUUGACUCUUAAGAAAUACACUGCCAAAGUUUACCUCCACUCUAGUUCUGUGUAGCAAAAUGCUGGAAUCAUAUUUCUUUGACUCCUGGGACCCUAUUGUGUUCAAAUACUAUAUAUUUUUAAUCUAUGUUUUAUGUAAAUAACAUUUUCACUUACUCAGUUGUCAGAUAUGACUUGCGUGUAUAUGAUAAAUAAACUUCAGUUUCCUAUUGCA